AUGUCUGAAGAUGGGGAUGAUGACCGUGAUGACAUUCUGCCACCACCACCGUUGAUAAGAGAGUUGGGCCGCCACAAGAGAAAUCAUCCGCUAUGCAUUGUGUUGCCCACGAUUAAUCAAAAUGCUGAAAUCAAGCCUGACUUUAUUCAAGUUCUUCCAAAAUUCAGCAACUCGCUUGGAGAGAGUGCACAUAAACAUCUUGCUGAAUUUGAUUUAGUUUGCACUACUUUACGCCCUCAAGGUUUUCCUGAAGAUCAUUUAAAAUUACUAACUUUUCCUCAUACAUUGCAGAGUAGAGCUCGAGAUUGGUUGUUAGAUCUAUCACCUGGCUCAAUCAGAACUUGGAACGAUUUAGAGGAGCAGUUCUUGCGUAAAUUCUUUCCAGAAUCAAAGGCUGCAAAUCUAAGAAUAGCUAUUAGUAGCAUCAAGCAGAGGCAACACGAGUGUUUGUCUGAUUAUUGGGAGAGAUUUCAACAAUUAUGUCAUAGAUGUCCUAACCACGGAUUUUCUGAUUAUCAAUUGCUCAUUAAUUAUUUUUAUCGUGGUAUGUCUUCUUUUGACAGGAGGAUUGUUGAUGCUGCUUGUGGAGGAAGUUUGACCAACAAGACCUUAGAUGAAGCAAAACAAUUGAUUUUUGAUAUGGUCACCAAUGGUCAACAAUAUGAGGAUGAGGAUGAUGAUAGGUACAGGCCGAUCAACAGAGCAGAAGAUGUAUGUGUGAAUGAGAAACUCGAUGCUCUAACUUCCUUAGUUAGAGGCAUGGUUGGAGCUCAAAUUCAGAAGGAUAAUCAUCCAAAUUUCAGCUGGAAUCAUUCGCCUGAAUUUUUCACCAGCGCACAGCCGCAGGCUGGGUGGUAUGCCCAUACCGACCGCCCAGAGCCCAGUAUGAGCGAUAUUCUUCAGAGUCUGGCACAGAGCAGCCAGAUUGUUAACAAUUUGGUGCAAAGUCAGCAAGCUUUCCAGCAAGAGACGCAAGCUGCGUUGGGUAGUAUGGGCACACAGAUCACUCUGCUCACCACUCAAGUGAACAAGUUUCAAGUAAAUCUUGGAAAACUUCCAUCUCAAGAAGAAGUACAUUCCAAGGAGCAUGUUUAUGCUAUGAAUUUAAUGAGUGAGAAAGAUUUCUUUGAUCCAAAGCCCAUGGAAGAUGAAAAGGAGAAGGAAGAGCAAGAAAGUGCUCAGAAUGAUGAAGUUGUCGAAGAGGCACAACAAUAUGAAAAUCUCUCUUCUUCCGAGGUAAGUGUUGAAUCUGAAAUUUAUAAUUCUAAAGCAUUAAUUUCUCUCACUUUUCCUUUCAGGUUGGCUCAACAUAAGAAUGGAAAUGAGGAAAAUGAGAUUCUGGAAAUAUUCACGAUGAAUAAAGAACCACCAGAAUAUUAUGAUGAAAUUCAAGGGUGUAAAGUGCAGCUGAACCCCACCAAUGACGUUUUCACUCAGCAUCUGUCAUGCGGUAUGCCCAUACCGACCAGCACUGGACAGAUUGUGCCUUCAAUUGUGAAACUGCCAAAGCGGAAAUUGAAACCACCUGAUGAUUGA